AUGCCCAGGAAACCCCCCGAGUCGGGCAUCCCGGCCGCAAACAUGCUCUCCUUUGCGCCGGCGCCGCCAUGGUCCUCGACAUCGCCGCCGCCAACCGUCUUCUGCGGCACGUCGUGGGACCACCACCGCCCCGUCGUGUCCUCGCCGCUCUCCUCGUCGCCCGUCCGCGCCACGUCGCCCCUCUCGCCCAUGGACCGCAACGCGCUGCCCCAGCGCCAGACGCAGUCGUCCCCGAUCCAGCCGCCGCCGAACAAGCCCUUCGCCGCCUCCUUCUCCGUCCCCUCGCGAUUCGCCUCGCGGCCGACGCGUCCGAACCCCCUCGUGCGCGGCCGCGAGGAUGCGCGCCUGUCGCGGCGGCACAAUUUCCUCCAGCGGGUCCGGCAGAGCGCCGACGACAAGGCGUGGCAGAGGAGAGAUAUCGAGGGUCAGUUUCUCAAGACGAGUUGGCUCGCCAGUCUAGGCCGGCUGUCGCACGAUGCGCCCGCCAUUUCCGACGCCGACAUUGAAGACGCCACUGCGUUCCGGGCCGACGCGGCGCAGUCUACGGACCAGGACGAGAUGAUGGUCGACAGCCAGCGGGAAGACGACGAGCUCGAGGCCUUGGUCGCCACUCACGACCAGCACUUUGCCUUUCGCAAACGACAGCCCUCGCCGGCAUCGCUAUCCGACGAGGAAUACGACGAAAUCUUUGCAGAGCUUAUGUCUCAGGAGCAGCCGUCACUGCUACAGAGUCAGUCGCAACACCCGGCAGAGCUCAUGGACAUGAGCGACGACAGCUGA